AUGACUGCCGGAGCUUGGUUUGCCCUAUUGACAACGCUGCUGUUCCAUAAGGGAUCGGCACAAUUUCUGAAUGCAAAUUGCGGGAGCGUUUCCUCAAAUCAAACGGUAUCCCCGUAUCCGUGGUUGGCAAUUAUUGAAUUACCCACAAAAAAAUGCAGCGGUACACUUGUAAAUAGAAAUUAUGUCAUAACAUCUGCUACGUGCGUAUUUGAUCAGAAAAUAGCGACGGUCCGAUUGGGAGUCUUCGACAGAUCAAAACUUGGAAAUAGCGGCUAUAAUUACUCUGAAGAAGUGUUUCAAAUGCAAUCCGCUUACGUUCCUGAGUUUUACAACCAAACCACUCGUAAAAAUGAUAUAGCUCUACUUAAACUAUCAAAUCCUGUAGUCUAUAAGGAUCACAUACGGCCAAUAUGCAUUCUACCUUUUGGAGAGGACUAUCCAAUAAGCAGCUCGAGCUGGUAUCAUCGGGAUAGAGAAGGAUGCCUGAAUGGCAGUGGGGAAAAUGGGACGGAAGGGAGAUGGAUCGGCAUUGUGGCCUCUCCUUUCGGUCAGCUGCAGCACGCAGUUCCUUUUGUUAAUGAUACUCUUGCUGGACAUCAGCUAAAGUCCUGGCCGGGGCACCAUCAUCAUCAUCAUCUGCUGCAAGGAUACCGCACUAUCAGGAUGAGAGGUGAGGUGGUGAAGGCAGGAGUGACUGCAAGGAUGGCUCAACCAUUUUGUGGAUUUAUUGACAUUCUGUGA